CGGCCAAAUAGCUAGGUUGUUGUGUAAUGUAACGAGGCUAUGCUUUAUAAACUACAACAAGUUUCAUUUCUACAAGUAUUACUCUAUCAAAUCUUUUUCAAACUCUGAUUUCAAAACAAGAGAUUAAAUGUAUCCAAGAGUGAAAGUGAGGGUCACAGAACAAGAAGACUAUGUGUAUCCAGAAAAUGACAGUGGAACUUGGUCUUUCUUGAAGCUCAUUCAGUCCUUAAACUUUGAAGAAGAGGAGAAUCAGAGUAAAAGUCAAGCAUCAAUUUCCAAAAACACAAACAACAUAGUAACAAGGAGAUUCACUCCUUUAACUAAAGGAAUAUUGAAGAAUACCAGUAAACAAGUUGGUGAGGUUCCAAAAGAAAAUGCAAGAGCUAGUUCUGUUAUACGACCACGUGCAGUUUUAUCUAGUCCUGAUAAUGAUGGAUUAAUUGGAAGUAUAAAUGAUAUGAACAACAAUAUAUCCUUAGCUAAGAGAAAGAAGGAUCCAAGAGGGAACGUGGGAGGUCAAGCCAAGGUUUUGGCUAAUCAUGGAAGAAGGGGUGGGGAGGUAUUCAAAGACAAAGCUCCUCCAAAAGCAAAGUGCACGUUUGAAACUUUGGAUCUUAAAAGAGGCCAUGCUUUGAAAAAAGGGGCUUCAAAAUCCGUUGGAAUUUGAUUUAUAUAUAUAAUAUUAAAAUAAGAAAGUAUUUCAGUGAUUUAUUAGCAAGUUUUUGUAAGAGUGAAGUUUUGGCAGAUUAUACAUGCCUCUUUAGAGUGUUCUUGUGUAUUUUCAAAAUGCUGACCACUUAGUACUUUUUGGGUGCAAAAGAGAGUUUAUUUUCAACUGAAGACACUAGUAGUUUCUCUUA